AACAAGCGAGCGCAUUCUCGUUACAAACUUACACCGGAGCGGAUUAUUCGCAGGCUGGAAAAUCAAAAUAAAAUUAAAAACGUAAAUGACGUUGCCUACACAAAAUAACAAAAAAAAGUGUACAUUAAUUGUGGCUUCGGACAUUUGAAUUUGGAAUCUCGAUUCGCGCGCUUUUCAAAUUCAGCUUUACUUUUGUGUGUUUAAAAAUCGAACUGUACUUUUUUUUUCAUUAACACCGGGAUACACCGAAGUUUGGUUUAAAAAAAAUGACAAUUUACAGUAAAAUUGUUCAGAUCAUAUUGGUCAGUGUGUGAUGAAUAUCGUGAAGGAUUUCGAGUUUGAAGGCAUGACAGAGGCGGUGGAAUUCGGCGCCGGCUUGGCUUGGCGUCUGCUUGCUACCCUCGAGGGGGGUUCGCUUAUUAUAGCAGCGUCGGCUCUCCUCGCUUACACCGCCCGCAACCGACUCUCGAUCCGAACCGAUCAACGACCAAUCAGAACAGUACUAGUAACGAAUACGAAUGAAUCAUUAGGAAGAGAAUUGAAAACGAAGUUCGAGCUGUGCGGGUGCACGGUGACGAGCGGAGCGGGAAGCGGGCGACGAGUCGACGUGCUUGUCGUGGUCGGGGCUGAACCGAAGACCGAAGGACUAGAUGGCCUCACGGGACUUGUGACGGAAGAUGUUUAUAAUAAUAUCAAGUUAUUAGAAUCAUUUUCGCCGUUGGUAAAAGAAGGUGGCUACAUUGCAUGGGCUUGCGCGGGAGCUGAAGCGAGCGCGACGCGGGGCGCGUUCGCGGAAGCGGAAAGAGCAUUCGAUUCAGUGCUACAAACUACGUUACAGCAUACAGCUAAACUAGUUCAUUGCGAGCCAGUAUGGAUCGGCCGAGGUGAAAGCCCCCAACGAACCGCCGAUAUACUUGUCGCAACGAUAUUAAAACACACGAACAGAAACAGCCACACAUCUAGGUAUUCCGUGAGAAACGCUGCAAAUAUUGUGAGUCAACGUGUUGGGCGUUGGCUUAAGAUCGCAACGUAGUAAGAGUUCUACAAGUCGGUGGGUCUAUAUCAUCCAUUAACAUUUAAAUUUAAAUAAAAUAUAAAAGUUUUAGAGUAA